AUAGCCUGAUUCACUCUGCGUUUCACCGCUAACAGUCCGAUAUCUAGCAGUUUUUGCUACACAGGUACCAGCUAUUAACUCUCCCUCGCAGACUCGUUAGCGUAUUUCUGACUUUAGCUAGUUCGAAUGUAAACCGCUAACUACUCAAAAACAAGCGCUGUAACACUUUUUAAAAACUACGACUUUCCACGAAAACGCCUCAUUGCAGCCGCUAUCUACAGCCGGAGGACCGGGUGAAGUUCACGGCAGUUUCCGUCAAAGUAACUAGCUAACUGAGAAGUUGAGACGGCCGGCGAGGGUAUUGGGUGAAAGGUGACAUCGCUUCAGUGUAUUGACUCGUAGAAUGCACAAUGCAGCAAGUGUCUCAGCCUCUCUGGGGUCCGUGGGACUAUUGCGCCUCUUCGGGGUGUCCUGGUCCUGGAGUCUGGUAGCAGGCCUCGGUGUUUAUCUGGGCACGAAAAGCUGGAAAUACUUCUACAUUGCAGCACGCACUGCCAAGCGGGACCUCAAUGGCCUGUAUGUGUUGCUGAGAGUGAAGCUGGCUUUGUGGCGUUACAUGCGCCAGGGAAGCAAUAUUCCUUCCAUUUUCGCCCAGACAGUAAAACUCCACCCAAAUAAACCAGCACUGAUCUAUGAGGCCACAGGGGAAACGUGGACGUUUGCCCAGCUGGAUGGGCUCUGUAAUGCAGUGGCCCACUGGGCUAGAAGUCAAGGAUGGGUCUCCGGGGAUGUUGUGGCCCUCUUCAUGGAAAGCAGACCCUUACAGGUGGCACUGUGGCUGGGGUUGGCAAAGGUUGGGGUGGAAGCUGCACUCAUCAACUUCAGCCUCCGCUGUGAUCCCCUUCUGCAUUGUAUUGGGGUAUCGGGGUCAAAGGCGAUUGUCUUCGGAGCUGAGCUUGCUGAUGCCAUGAUGGAGGUCAACUCUGCCAUCAACCAGUCCAUGGUACGGUUUUGUACUGGAGACCUCAGUGCAGAACUUUUGGCUUGCCUCGGUGCUCAGUCUCUGGAUCCAAUUUUAGCCACUGCAUCAAGACACCCCCCUUCACCUUGUUUUCCCCCCAAAGGCUUGAACGACCGCCUGUUUUAUAUUUACACCUCUGGGACUACAGGACUGCCCAAGGCUGCCAUUGUGGUACACAGUCGCUACUACAGAAUUGCUGCUUUUAGCUAUUUUGCCUUUCGCAUGCGCCCUGAUGACAUUAUCUAUGACUGCCUGCCCCUCUAUCAUUCAGCAGGUAACAUUAUUGGAGUUGGUCAGUGUCUGAUCAAUGGCCUCACUGUGGUAGUGAAGAGGAAAUUUUCUGCCAGCCGCUUCUGGGAUGAUUGUAUUAAGUACAACUGCACUAUGGUGCAGUAUAUUGGUGAGAUCUGCCGCUACCUCUUGUCUCAGCCGGUGCGACCAUCUGAGAGGGGCCACAAAGUUCGGCUGGCGGUAGGAAACGGAUUGCGCCCAAGUGUGUGGGAGGCCUUCACAGAGCGUUUUGGAGUGGCGCAGAUUGGCGAGUUCUAUGGAGCUACUGAGUGCAACUGCAGCAUUGCCAACAUGGACGGCAAGGUGGGAGCUUGUGGGUUCAACAGUCGCAUUCUCCCCAAUGUGUACCCUAUCCGUCUGGUGAGGGUGGACGAGGACACCAUGGAACUUGUCCGGGACAGUCGAGGCCUCUGUGUCCCUUGCCGCCCUGGGGAGCCAGGGCUUCUGGUAGGUCGCAUCAACCAGCAGGACCCAUUACGGCGUUUCGAUGGCUAUGCUAAUCAGGAUGCCACAAAGAAGAAGAUAGCUCACAAUGUCUUCAAGAAAAACGAUUCUGCAUAUUUAUCAGGUGAUGUGCUGGUGAUGGAUGAUCUGGGCUACAUGUACUUCCGCGACCGCAGUGGGGACACGUUCCGCUGGCGAGGGGAAAAUGUCUCCACAACUGAGGUGGAGGGCAUUCUUAGCAGUCUUUUGGAUCAAACUGAUGUGGCUGUGUAUGGUGUAGCAGUUCCAGGUGUGGAGGGUAAGGCAGGUAUGGCUGCCAUUGCAAACGCUGCUGGGACUUUUGACUGCAACAGUUUCUUGAAGAACAUCCAGCGAGCUCUUCCUUCUUACGCUCGUCCAGUGUUCCUGCGAAUAUCCCCACAUGUGGACACCACAGGUACAUUUAAAAUCCAGAAAACCAGGCUGCAGAGGGAGGGAUAUGACCCACGACUCACAACUGACCAGAUCUACUUUCUGAACACGAGAGCUGCACAAUAUGAGGCUAUGGAUGAGGAGCUAUACAAUGCUAUAGCCGAGGGAAGAAUGUCUCUAUGAAAUGGAGGCCAUAGCAGGGCUGUCAGGAUAUCUGUUUAACAAAUUCUGUUGAAAGACAGACUAACAUGCAUACAGCAAUGUCUGCAUCACUUAGUUUUGGUGCUCACAUUGGCUGGAUUCUAACUGUUCAGGGAACAAAGUUGAGAGGAUUACUUACGUAGACUGUUACAUAUGAUGUUUUAACACUGUAUAAGUAACACACCAGGACUUGAUAUAAGGGCAUUUUCACCCUUUUAAUAGCUCAUUUUGAAUUAUUAAGCAAACACCUCCUAAAACUUUUGAGCAUCGCUGCACAUGGAGUGGAUAUCCUCCACAACCAGUUUGAAAUAGGAUAUGUGUUACAGUAAUGUUGCUAGGACAGAAAAGCUAGUAUCAGGUCAAACUUUGUUACAGGGUAUGUACCCCUUUGUGAAAUAUGCUGAAAGGUUAACUGUGUUGUUUUAAACAAUACUAAUGUGUUGCAGCUAUGUAUUUGAAUGUGGAGGACGUUGGAUUUCAGCAUGCAGUACAUGAGGCUACUAGUUCAAACACUAUCCAUUAAAUCUUUAAAGUUUUUAAUGCAAUGAAAAACAAAUCCCACUUGUCAGGUAUGAACCUCACAGGCAGGGGUUGGCAAAUACACAGACAUUACUGUAUGUGCCUUUUAUGAAAAUUCCAAUCAGUUUCAUUUUUUUUAUAGUUUUUUUUUUUCAGGAAGGCGUUCAAAUGAAUGUGGGAAUCACAGUAUUGAUCCUGCAUCAUGCUAAGCUGAGUCACACAUAAUGACAGUCAUUCAUGUAACAAAUCUUAUCCGUGUAUAGGCGUUUCAGGAUUGUGAAGAUAUUUACAAUCCCAGACCUCUCAGAUUACAUUUGUUUUGAUGUAACGCAGAUUAAAUAUUUUAAAAUGU